AUGGCUGGAGAUCUGUUAUACGCAAAAACGCAGCGUAUCGUGCUCUUCAUAGAUCUCAGCCCACUUCUGCUCACACCCAAUUCGAAUCAAUACCUAGCCGUCGUAUUCUCCGCCGCCGAGAAGCUCCUCUCGUUUCCUCCUCUCUCCGCUUCUCUCUUCUCUUUCAAGUUCUUCAUAUCUUCCUUAUCGUCUCUAUUAUCCUCCUCGAAGCUCUCCGCACUCUCAAUUCCAUCUUCCAGACUCUCAUUUGACCUCCCUAUCCCUACGCUCGUCUCUCUCAGACGCGCCAUCGACGCCGUCAAGCGAUGCGAGCUCCGAUCGAGUUUAACGGCGGCAACGCCUCGUGGAGUCAACGUCGCUGCGUCUUUGCGACAGAUUGUUUACGAUUACGCUUGGGAACCGGUGGUUCGAGGUAUGAUGAUUCCUGGGUUCACGGAUGGUGGAGGAGUCGAUGAUGUCGUUAGGUCGAAUCUAGUCGUGAUGUUUUCCCCAAUUUCUAGGGAUUUGAAAUGGGUUUCUGAGUUUCUGGAUGUUAAGAGUAGCGAUGAGUGUUUGAGGGAGUUGGGUUUGUUCAAGUCUAAGUUUGGUGAGGUUUUUGAUUGCGUGAAUGAGUUGUUUGAUGAUAGAGACAUUCACUUAAGCUGGAUUGAUGUUAGAGUUGGUGAAAGUAUCGAACUUGGGUUGAAGUCUGAGUUUUUCGAUGGUGGAGUUAGAGGUUUGGGUUGGGGGUAUUGUUCUACUGAUUCGAUUGUUUAUGGUUCUUUAAUCGUUCCCUUUGGAUUGAUAUAUCCAAUAAUUGGUGUUUCCCCAAAGCUAUCUACUAGCCACAAGUUUAGUGUUCAAGCCAGUCUCGAGAUUGCAGAUAUUGAUGGUAAACCUAUGGAAUGCAAGUGCGGUGAGCUAGAGUUUUCUUCUACUGGAAUUUCUAGUGGGAAGAGGUGUGAUGAGUUCAUCAACUUGGGCAGUGCAUCUGAGGAGCCUUAUUCGGAAUCUCUGAUUGAAGAGUUCUGCAAUGGAGUCACUAAACUCAGUAUUAAAGCCUUGAAGAUGUGUGAUGCUCUUGUCGAACUUGAGAGGUAUACUUGUGAUACUUUUGUCGUUCGUGAAGUCUCUGAGAAAUCUGACCAAGAGCAGGAGCAUGAGAGUGGAUUUUGGGCUGAUCGGGUUCUUCAGAUAGUAGAAAAGGAGACGGGUGAGAAAGUAGCGAAGAAGUCGUCACCCAUUUGGCAGAUCUUAUUAAGUUAUCUCUAUAGGGAGGGUUACUCAGCUUUGGUGUCUCUAACGAAUAGUAAUGGAAAUGGUAGUUGUCGGACAGGAAUCCUCAAGCCCUUCACUUUCUCCUCGGCUUUAGUCUCUGUUUUUGACAGUGAAGUCUCUCCUCAAACUGUGGAUCAUGAAGAUAGCAGUAAGGAAGUCAAUUGUAGCGAAAAUAAAAGAAAACCAAGCAAAAAGAUUUUGAACUCAUUUCACGACAUGUGCUGGGAGGAGUUCUGCAGAUCAGUGAAAGGUUAUGGUCAAAUAGAUAUAGAGGAUGCAUAUUUUUCCAAGUUUAGCAACUCGAAGAAGUAUAAGUUUCUGAAAUGUUGGAUGAAACAGAUUAGGAAACCCAGAGGUUGCAGUUUGUCAGUGGCUAGUAAUUACGAUGCACAGCUGGAUUUGCAAGCAGAUCCAGUUGACAAAAAUCACAACUCAUCUGAAGGGACAGAAAAUACGACCUCUCUACCUGUAUCUGAGGAGGACAUUGCUUUGAGUGGAAAUCGUUUAUCCAUAAGGCAGGAGAAUGAUACAUCUGUUUGUGGAUCAGAGUCAUCAGAAAAUUUCUUUGCUAAUCUUCCUAGUAAAAUCAAGCAAGGGAUUGAGUCUGAGGAAAUAGACUUGGCAGCUCUGGCCGAGCGGCUGGUCAACUCCUGCCUUCUUCAUUCUUCUCAAAGACCUGAGAAGGAUUGUAGCUGUGAGAAUGGAAACCUCUUGUUGGUCACUGAGGAAUUAAGCAAGAUGUUACUGAAAGAACCGAAAGAUUUAGUUGCCAAGUUUAAGAAGAAACAUUCAUCAUCCACGGCAAGUGAGCAAAAGUCUGAUGAAGCUUCACCCACUGUAAGAUAUGAGCUGCAGAUUCUAUUCCGAAUGGAGAUUUUAAAAUCAGAGAUAGGUUUGAGAAGUGAGGAGUCUGUGACUCAGAAGUUUGCCAAGCAGAUUUGCAUGCUUCUUGAGGCUAUACAGUGCAAGUUAGACGGUGGAUUCUUUAGUGAUUGGAGCCUUGAUAAGUAUGUGGAUAAAAUUAUAAAAGCUAGGUAUCAUCAUAUUCUUGGAGAAGCUGUCAGCAUAAUUUAUACAGAGAUGGAUCUGCUUAUGUUCAGUGACGAGGAUCUUGAAAAUAGUUUCAUGAACACUGAAGACAGUAGUCAAUCAGGGAGAGAUAAUAUCCAUAGCAAUCUCAAGUAUCAUCAUCGUAGUCAAAGACGUAAAGAUGUACCCGGUUCGAGUAAGAACUAUUUGAAGAAAGAGACCAGGGAGUGCAGAGAAGCUAGGAAAGUGGUCGAAGCACAAGAAAGAAGGGAAAGAGCAAGAAGAUUCUCGAGUUUCACAAGUUGGAUGCCUGAUCUUUGUAGAGUUUGGGCACCGAAACAAGCAAAGAACUCUAGAGACAAAGCUGAUCAACAAAAGAGAAUGGCCAAAAGGAAGAAAGAAGAAAGGUCAGUGGAAUAUGACAGGGUAUGUGAGACACCAGUGACGACAACAGAUAACAAACGAACACGAACUGAUGACAAAGGGGAACACGAGAGUGGGUCUCUGCCUCGUAGUUCUGUACCAAAGGCUUUGUUUCAAGAUGAUUCUUAG